CGCACCACUCGUCAGGAGCGGGCGGCUGCGACUGCGCCUUGGGCAGCCGUCCGGGCCUAGAACCAUGAGAUCCGGGGGCGCGGGCUGCUCUGCUAGGCUGCUGCUGACAGUCGGCUGGCUGCUCCUGGCGGGCCUCCAGUCAACGUGCGGGAUUAACGUCACCGCGAUCCAAGAUCCCAGCUUGGCCCGCGAAGGCGAGGGCGAACCGGAGGGCGAUGAGGAGCCCGAGAAUGACAGCGAGGCGGAGAACGAGCCCCAGGCUGAGCCCGAGGAUGAUAGUGAGGGUAUUGGUAUUAGAGAAGUUAUAUUGACAAACGGAUGCCCUGGUGGUGAAUCCAAGUGUAUCGUACGAGUGGAAGAAUGUCGUGGACCUGUAGAUUGUGGCUGGGGAAGACCAAUUUCAGAAAGCCUUGAACGUGUUAGGCUUGCAUGUGUUCAUACAUCUCCUGAAAACCGUUUCAAAUAUAUUUGGAGACUUCUAAGGCCAGACCAGCAAGCCAUUAUACUCGCAAAUGAUUCAGCAAUCCUAGAAGUUCACAGGGAUACUCACCCCAAGGCUUUUGAGUGUGAAACAUUGGACAAUAAUGAAAUAGUAGCAUCUAUUAGAUUCACAAUCUAUACAACAACUGAAUUACAGAUGAAAAGAGCAAGCCAACCAGACACUGAUGCAGUCCUAGUUUUUGUGCUCACCAUAGGAGUUAUUAUCUGCAUAUUUGUGAUCUUUGUACUGAUCUUCAUAAUUAUAAACUGGACGGCAGUCAAAGAUUUCUGGGGGGCAAAGGCCUCAACAACUGAGAUACAGUCUGAGCUGAGUUCAAUGAGAUACAAAGAUUCAACUUCUCUUGACCAGUCACCAACAGAUAUACCUGGACAUGAAGAUGAUGCUUUAAGUGAAUGGAAUGAAUGAUGCAUGGAUGAUGUAUAACAAACCAAAGGAGAUCAGAGCAUAUCAGAUUCAUUAUUAUAAAAAUAAAAUAUAUAGUUAAAUACUUUAA